CGCAGCGCGCGCGCGGGGUGAACUCCGCGUACGCAGCUGCUGCCGCACGUCCUCGUGCAUGCUGUCUAGCCUCUCCGCACAGCCGCGGCUGCACCCUUGCGGCGCGGAGGCCAGCUGGCGCAACCUCUCCGCCGCGGAGGCGCAGAUCGCGCUUUGGGAGGCGGCGCUCGACGCGCAGCUCAAUGCGAUCAAAUCCUUUAACGCCGACCUUCCCGUGCUGGGCCGCGAGGGGCGCGCCAGCAACAUCGCGCCGGCCGACGACGACCCUGCCGUGGACGCCGAAGUGCCCGACGAGGACGAGGAGGAGGAGAUGGAUGACGAGCUGCAGGAGGACACGGAGGAGGAGGAGGAGUUUGAGGCGGACGAGGUCAGCUAGAGCUGGGAGGCGGCGAGAACACGGCGCGCACCCCGCUGGGCGGGGGAAGCCCACGCGUCGUUGUGUGGGGCGCGCGCUCUCUCCGCGAUUCGACACAGUUGUGUGACGGAUUGGGCGCUCUUUGAGUGGGUGCGGACCUGCCCCGAUCGCGCCGACACUCUGACUCUUCGAGUUGUACAGGCCCAAGCCCCUAUACUCUGAGUGCCCCCCGCCGAAGU